AUGGCUUCGGCAUCAGCGAAUAGUGCAGCUCCCUCCAACCACGUGCUUGAUACCAGGCUGGUAGCCAUUAUGUACAAGCACCUGCUGCCGGCAAUCUCCAUUGCCAAGCCCAACCCCUUCUUGAGCAGCAUGGCGUGGAACGUGCUCAAGCAGCUGACAGUUUACCAGCGCUAUCUGAUCUACAGUUGCUGGGAGACAAGGUACAGCGAGUUCAUGCUCAAAUACAGCUACGAAGAAGCAAAGUUCGAAGCAAAGAAGAUCCUGAAGCGGGUCGUUUCCAGCGACAAGAAUGAUCGGGACCGAGACGACAACAGCUCCUACAGGCCCCAUCCAGUGUUUUGUCAGCUGUGCCAGACAAACCCCAUUCCCAUCGUGGAAGUGAUGUUGAAGGACAUUGAGAUUGGCUUCAACGUCAAUAUGAUCCAGCCGUACGUGGACCUCACGGGACGCUGCUCUGACAUGGUGACGGAUAUCGUGGGUUACGUUUUGGCACGGAAUUGCGAGCGUCCCGCUUCAGAAAAGGCCUUCUUCUCCCCUGCGGAUGGCUUGAUUUCUGGCUGGCUUGGAAACUUCUCCGAAUUCAUUGGUCGCUUCUACAAGAAGCACCCGCAGACCAACCUGGUUGCCUUGCUUCUGGUGCUAUCGAAGCGCAUGAUGCAUGACAUUCCAGAGUCAGCAGGCAGGCAUUCUGCAAAGAAGUUCAAGGGAGAGUCACUCAUCCGCGUAGUCCUGGAAAAGCUGAUGGAGCACUUGGGUGGCCUCAUCGUGGUCAAGGACUACACCAUGGAGCAGAUCACCUGCCUAGCGGGGGGACCACGGCUGCGUUUGGAGUCGGUUUCCAUCGGCGUGCGUCCAGAUCCGCAGCGCAAGGAGAAGACAAAGAAAGCACUCCUGGACCCAAUUGUCGAGCUUGGUUUGGCUCCCGCCCUGUGGGACGGACUCAGUCGCCAGCGCCUGUAUUUCAUGUCCGAGGGCUUCUCGGAGCUCCACAGCGAUGAAGGGUCGCUGAAGAUCCUCUGCCAGCUUCUUGACGGGAACCAGGAGUGCUUCCUGAGCCUUGUGGACUUUCUGUCCCAGGCCUCUGCGCGAGAAAAGUACGUCCAGCUGAUGCCAAGCUUGCAACAGCUUUUUGGCGUCCUGGAGCCCAACUUGGCCUAUGCAGCGCUGCGGCCUGGGUUGUCAGCCUUCGCCCGUGGCAAGACUCUCAUUCCUCCGAAGGCAGAGGGUGAGAAGGCCACAAUGGUGGCGACGCCCGAAGAGAUGCAAGUGCAGAAGCAACUGAUGGACAUCGCUUUCAAGUGCCUCCCGAACUCGAUCGAGGAGGAGGGUCUCUCCAUGGACUUCUACGUGACCUUUUGGCGCUUGUCUUUGCAGGACAUUUUCGUGCCUACCGAGGGCUACGAGAAAGUCCUGGCCAGGAUGUCUCAAGGUCUGAAGACCUUGGAGGAUUCAAAACUCAAGCUUGAUCGCAAGUACAACAACGACACCCACAGUCGCGAGUACAAGGGGCUCCUGCGGAACAUCGCGAGACAGAAGGAGGCCCAUGACAAGGUGAAGGAGGAGCACCUGAAGCAGAAGCUGAACUUUGAGCAGGUGUUGGCACGUUUGGAGCAGGAGAAAUCUUCCUGGUUUGUGAAGCACUGCCCGGAAGCCACUCAGACUAUGGUUGCCGAGAUGAUACUCCCUCGAGCUCUGACUUCGUAUGGAGAUGCCCUCUUCUGCUGCAAGUUUGCGCGGCUUCUCAUUCGGAUGAAGACUCCUGGGUUCUUGGUGCUGGACUUCUACAACAGCUGGACAGUCAUGCUCACCAUGAACCUUAGAAGCUGCACCGAAGUGGAGGCCCAAAUUUGUGGACAUUUUCUUCACGAGAUGAUGUCCUACAUCUGCUUCUUGCGGAAAAGCGAAAAGGCAUUCGAAGCCGAGAUGAAGGACAAUCCCUGCUUCCACCGCCACCACUAUGACGGCACCCCCGCAGACCCUGAGUUUGCAAAGCAUGCUGACAUUGUGAGAGGUCACAACAAGUGGGAGGGGAAGAUCCUCAAAGCUCUCCGCCAAAAUCUGGAGUCUGAGGACUGGACAGACAAGCGAAAUGCUUUGCUUCUCCUCAGCAAGUCCUGCGAGACUUAUCCUAUUGUGGAGAAGUAUGGCAAAACUGUGUUGGCGUUGGUGGAGAACGUUCGCGAAAAAGAGAAAGCCAGCGACUUGAAAACGCUGGCUGCCUCGCUGGCCACCAAACUGAAGGCACAGAGCAAGAAUUGGAUCAAAACUGAGAGCAAGGAGGCGCCAAAGGCUGCCGCCAAAGCAAAAGAGGCACCAAAGGCAAAAGUGGCCAAAGAAGCGCCGAAGGACGCAGCCGCCAAGGAGCCUAAGAAGGACGGCGAAGCGAAAAAGGAGGUGGCCAAGGUCAAAGAGACACCCAAAGCAAAGGAUGCCUCCAAGGAACCUGCGCAGUCGGCCCCAAAAGCAAAGAAGGAGUCCAGGGAAGGGAAAGAGGCAAAGCCCAAGGAGGAGCGCGAUCACAAGCGACGGCCAGACGCUGCGCGAUCGAACGGCGGAGGCGUCGAAGAGCGACCAGAAAAGCGGGCGAGACGAGAGGACGAUAAGCGACGAGAGGACGGGGAAGUGGUCGUGAUCUCGUCGCCGUCCCAUAGACCGGCCAUCAACCGGACCACAGGAUCGCCAAUUCGCAAAGCUGCGGAAGUGCGCGGAACCCUCUUUCCGUGCAACCUGCCAGCGAUCGUGAAGGAUAUGAUCCGCACAGCCGACGACCCGGCGUUAGUGGACGUUUUUGCUUAUUGGAUGUGGGCAGUGGGAGUGACGAUCGUGAUUGUGCAUUCAAUUGCAUUCACAUCCACAAUAGCCCAUGGUGCUGAGGGCCAGCCAUCCAGGCACGAUCGGUGCUUGAUGGUCGAGACGUCGCAAAAGCCACGAAUGCGUACGCCUUUUUUCCUUGAGGGGCCUGGCAGCUGCCUGCUGCUCCGGGGAAAAAAGCUGCGGGGCAAUGCAGUUGACAAGACCAGUUUUAGUCUUGUGUUCCAGUCUUUGCUCAAUGGGCGUGCAUUUGGAGUCGACCUUGGGAAGGCGGACGUGAUUCUAGGCAAAUCCCCGCGGCGGCUGGGACUGCAUGCUCCAGAGAUGGCACCUAGCCUCGCAAAUGUUUGCGGGCUCAACAGGUGCCAAGCUGAUUCGAAUGGGGACAAACCGAGCCAGAUAGCCCUGGGCAUUGUGUGCUCCGACGGCCUGGAGGUUGAUGGUACGAGAGCUCGCUCCGCAAUCUCCCGAGGGCUUGUGGACAAUCCCGAGCGUGCAUCGCGUGGGGGUUGGGCUUUUGAUCCAGCUCAAGGCGCUGUUGACCCGGUCUUUGGUGCUGCAGACUUGCGGGAGGUCUAUGAUAGAGCGGCGGGUCGCGACGGCUCGGGUUACGUGGGCCGCUGCACUGCACCGCUGCUUGUGGACGCGCGCACGCGGCGAGCUGUGUCCAACGACAGCGUCCAGAUUGUUCGGAUGAUAGCCACGGCCAGCGCAACUGAUGAAGAGCGAAGCUUGGGACGUGCAGUUGACCUAGUGCCGGAGGAUCUGAAGGAGCAGAUUGAGGCCACAACUCGUUGGAGCUACGAGCUCCUAUCCAACGCAGUGUACCGCGCCGGCUUUGCCACAAGUCAGGAGGCAUUCGCCCGCGCUGCACGGGAUGCUGCUGAGGGCCUGCGACGCGUUGAAGACCAGCUGUCCAAGCACCGCUUUCUGUGCGGCGACCGCAUUACAGAGGCAGACGUCAUGCUGCUGCCAUGCGCUGCACGAUUUGAUGCUGUUUACGCGUCGCUUUUCUUGAGGGGCUCUUGCGGUCUCUGGCGCGAAGGUGAAAAUCGCCGCCGGUGGCUCCAGCGCUGCUGGUCGUUGCCAGGGGUGCCUGACGCAGUCGAUGUUAGCGCUUGCCAAGAGAGCUACUUCCGGACCCUGUUCCCACUCAACCCGUCGCAGAUAAUGCCGGUGCCUGCUUCUGAUCCCGAUGCUCUCGGGUCUGAGACUAUCUCUGAAGAGGAGGUGGAAGGCUGCUUCCACUGGCGCAUGCUCUGA